AGGCAGUCUGUGAGGGGGAGAGAACAGAUCAUCUGGCAGCAGCUUGUUGACUUUGCAGGAGAAUGAAGAUAAACCUGCACAUCCUGGUGUGACCUUUCCCCUGUGAAGGCUGGAAAUCCCAAUCCCUAAUCUCCAUGUGCUUUUGCUUUUAAAUUAAAUAGUCCUAGACUCUUGAGUCUCUCCUUAACAUUGGCCAACCUCAAAUCGCUACCUCUGAUCACUUUCACUCGCCUGCUCUGAGCUGUUUGUAUUUCUCUCUUGAGAAGAGAUGAAAAUACUGGACUACACCAAGAUCUGUUCUAUGGUGUCUUGGGGUCACAUUUAUUAUUGGUGUAAAUACAGUUUUCUAGGCACUGAAUGAACACAUCCUGGAUAUAAACACAGAUUUUUCUGACUGAACUACUUGUAAGGGAACUUCUGGCAAGUUAAGGAGAUUUUCUUUAGGUAGAAAAGAGAUGGGAAGAUGUGGAUACUCCUCUUAUAUCUGUUUUUAAAGUAGUAAUAGGUUAAGAGAAUCUUUCAUAGGCUCAGGAUGAAGUUUUUCAAUACCCAUAGUUAAAUCUUUUUUAGAAUAUGGUGACAUAGUGUACAUUUAAGUAUUCUUGGCCGUUUAGAGUCUUCUGAUGAGUAGAAAUGGUAUAACGUUUAAAUGCUGUUUAACUCUUUGUGCAUCUUGGUGUGUUGUGGUUGGGCUUUUUUUUUUUCUUCCUUCUAUUUCCUUCCUGUAAUACAUUCCUGCAAACAGAAUGCAGGAAAAAAAAUUCUGUCUCCACUCACUUGAAUUUGACUCACUAAGAACACUUUGCAUAUUGCUCAAGUUGUAUGCAAACAAUUGUUACGGAGAACACUUGGUUUUCGUCGGAUUUUGAACAGGUAUAAAAUGGUGUCCUUAGCUAGGAGAUUCCAUCAGUGGUUCUCUUAAAUAACCAAGGUUUCAGGAGGGUAAAGUUUUAAGUUUCAUUCAAAUGCCUUAGCGGUCUGUGAGCAAAGAGGUUUACCUUGGAUUCGUUAUUGGUAUUUGAGCUAUUGAAGUGCUUGAAUGUUGGAGAUGCUAAGUGAUGGUACUCUGUUUUGCCUUCUGAGUGGUUUGUUCUGUACAUGUAAGGCGGGCUAAGACUGAAAUCAAUGUGGAUUUUAGGUAGGUCAGGGGAGGUGAGGCUUACAGGUACCUUAUUCCACUUCAGCCCUAAUUCACCUUCUUGUUUUAUUAGAAGGGGUAGUUGUAAAUAUCUCUAGGGACGUGUUAUAAAGCUGUAUUAAGCUAGCAUUAUCGUCUUAACGUAUUAGUAUUUAGCGUCUUGUAGUAUUAGUGUCUCAAAGGUGAUGAAAGUACUGCCCUUAAAAUAUAUGCAAUAUGAACAGUAAUAUAAACACUGUAUCUGCUUAUUACGAAAAUAUCAGAGAAAAUACUAAAGCAUCUUCUGAUUUCUAAAACUGAGAAAGCUCAUUGUGCUGCCAGAAUAUUCUGAGAAAAGUCACAGUGAUUAAAGGCUUCACUGAUAGUCUAUUUCCAUGUACAAAUUUCCACAGACUUGCCUUUGGCCUUUUUAUUUCUAGCUACCUUAAAACACCUUUCUAGGGGACAUAAAUUUCAUAUAACACUUUGCAUGUUUUUUUCAAGUGAGACCUUCAAUUGUUGUUCCUUGUCACUCUCCUACAGUUCACCUCGGUGUUCCUUAAACACUAUGGCCAGUGUUUUCCCCUCUACCAUAACUGAAUGCACUGACUGUAUUUGUCUUGCGUGCAGGGAGUUUUGUGUGUGGGGACACAGUGGAAUCCCAUGCUUGGGGCUGUCAGGAGUGAGCAUUGAUAUGUUAAUGUCUUCUGAUAAAGAAAAGGACCCAGAUGUUAUUCCUGAAGAUAGCAGUCUGCUAACUCUUCGAAUUAGAAAGAAGGCAUUAGAGAGGAGAGAAGAAACAAUUAUUGUGGAUCGGGCUUGCAGACAAGAAACUCUUGCCUAUGAGAUGGAGUCACAUGCAAUUGGAAAGAGGCCAGACAAUCCAACAGAUCUAGUUGAGGAGGGAGAACUACUUUUAACUCUGAACAUCUACUAUCCUGUCAUAUUUCAGAAGCAUAAAGAUCACAAACCAUAUCAGACAGUGCUUGUACUGGGCAGCCAGAAGCUCACCGAGCUGAGAGACUCAAUUUCCUGCGUCAGUGACCUCCAGAUAGGUGGUGAGUUCAGCAGUCAGACCGAUCAAGCACCAGAGCACAUCAGCAAGGAGCUCUACAAGUCUGCUUUCUUUUAUUUUGAAGGCAUCUUUUAUAAUGAUAAAAGAUACCCAGAGUGCAGAGAUCUGAGCAGAACAAUUAUUGAGUGGUCAGAAUCUCAUGACAGAGGCUAUGGAAAUCUUCAAUCUGUUACAAUGGAGGACUACACAUUUAAUGAUUUGUCCCUGAAAAUUGGCUUUCCAUACCUUUUCUGCCACCAAGGGAACUGUGAGCACAUCAUUAUCAUCACAGAUGUAAGGCUCAUUCAUCAUGAUGACUGCCUGGACAGGAACCUCUAUCCCUUGCUAAUAAAGAAACACUGGUUAUGUACCAGAAAAUGCUUUGUGUGCAAAAUGUAUACAGCCAGGUGGGUAACCAACAAAGACAGUCUGGCACCAGAGGAUCCUUGUUUCUUCUGUGAUGUUUGUUUUCGGAUGCUCCAUUAUGAUGUGGAAGGCAAUAAACUGGGGGAGUUUCUUGCAUAUCCUUAUGUGGAUCCUGGGAUUUUCAAUUGAAACUGACAUGAGCCAGAAUGAAUUCAAUAAACUACAAUGGUGAAUCUGUUGCUCUGGCUGUUAAAACCACCAGACAGCUUGAGUUUUGAGUGUAUUGCUGGGUUUUGGGUUAGGCUUUUAAUCCUCUCCCCUGAGGUGGAAGGAGGCCUCUGCACCUGAAAUCCUUCUGGUGUGCUUUUCUGAGUAAGUAAGUAUGAUUUUAGUAAGUUAGCAUGGAAAAAUACGCUCAGACAUCUACUGUAUUUUAAUCAGUUACAUUUUUUAGCAGUACAGUAGUUUGGAGACUAUGGACUCUAUAAAAAUAUGGAUGUUUAAAGAGAGAAUACCUUGCAAAGCAGCUGUGAUUUUGAGAAGUUCUGUGCAUCCAAUGCUCUGUUAACCUCAAAGGAUGAGAAGGUCUUUGGGCAUCUUACCUUGAAAACUCUGAACAAAGGGUGGAUAGCACUGAAUUUGUGGGGAGGAGAAUGCUUUGAGUGAGAAGCUCAUAGUGCCUGUUACCUUCCAAGGUCUUUCCUGCAAACGGGGGUGCUAGCAGCUGUCAGGUACUGCUGUCCUUGUGUGCUGACUCUGAGGAUUGAUUAAGUGAAGAGUAAUCUACAUUUCACUGAUCAGAUUGUAGUCUGCCUUUCAAAUAACUUCAACUGUUUACAGUGCAUACAGUUUUAACUGCUCAUAAAGUAGUGUUCAUUGUACACUUUUUUUUAGUAUCAUUGUUAUUGUAAAUUUUGUUGUUUUUUAUUAAAACGUGACCAAUUUGUA